UCGUCUCGGAGUUUGGUUGGCUUCGUCGAGUCUGAUCGUUUCCCUCCCUCUUUUUCUCGUCAUUCCUUCGGUGUGCAAUUUUUUUUGCCUCGAUUAAAAUCUACGGACUGCAAUUGCAAUUGCAAUCCCCUUUUUUUUCUAUUAAUAUUUUUUUGGGAAGUCGUUUCUUCGCGUCGCGUGUCCACUAGAGAGGAUCGGAUCUUUCUCUUCUUCAAUUGAAUCGCAGAAACCUGGUGCCUGGAUCACUUUGCCCAUCAUGUCGGCUCCCGCUACGUUUUACGAGCAGCUGCCGCUCCCUACGCUCGAUCGCCCUUUCGGCAUCCACCUAUGGCCCAUCUUUGACAAGCUCUUCACGGCCGUCGUUGGCUACUCGGCCAAUGACUUCGAGUUCGUGCCCUUUGGGACUCCCAUGUCCACUCUGAAGUCGACGUCCAUAUUCAUCGUCAUCUACUACUUCAUCAUCUUUGGCGGCCGAGAGCUGAUGCGCAACCGCGAGCCCUUCAAGCUCAAGGCGCUCUUCCUCGUCCACAACUUCUACCUGACCGCCAUCAGCGGCUUCCUCCUGGCUCUCUUCAUUGAGCAGCUUCUGCCCACUGUUGUCCGCAAGGGUGUCUUCUUUGCCAUCUGUAGCCACGAUGGCGGCUGGACUCAGCCUCUGGUUGUUCUCUACUACCUCAACUACCUGACCAAGUACCUUGAGCUGCUCGACACCGUCUUCCUGUUCCUCAAGAAGAAGCCCUUGACCUUCCUCCACUGCUACCACCACGGUGCCACCGCUCUUCUUUGCUACACUCAGCUGAUUGGCUUGACCUCCGUCUCUUGGGUUCCCAUUACCCUUAACCUGACUGUGCACGUUGUCAUGUACUGGUACUACUUCCAGAGCGCUCGUGGCAUCAAGAUCUGGUGGAAGGAGUGGGUUACUCGUCUCCAGAUCAUCCAGUUCAUCAUUGACUUGGGCUUCGUUUACUUUGCUGCCUACACCUACUUCACCUCGACCUACUUCCCCUCCAUGCCCAAUGCUGGCAAGUGCGCCGGUGAGGAAUUUGCUGCCUUUGCUGGCAUUGGUAUCCUCAGCUCAUACCUGGUCCUCUUCAUCUCCUUCUACUUCGCCACCUACAAGAAGGACGGCAAGACUACUACUCGCAAGUCUCUGCGACGCAUGAGCCAGGCUCCUCUCCCCGACCCCGUCCACAUGGCUACCUACUCCAGCGGCAAGACCAAUGGCACCACCACCGGCGCCAAGACCAACGGUGCCACUGCUAGGUCCCGCAAGGCUUAAAUUGGCCGCAUCUCAGGCCAUUGAGAUGUCUUAUGAGGGCACAACCAUGUCUCAGUCAAAAGUUUCAAUGGCCAAACAGCUCAAGCACUGUAAUGGUGCCGAGCAUUCUACUUUUUUUGAUGAAAACACUUGCUACUUCUACAAGGGGACUAUUACAAUUUUUAAUCUCUAUUUUGGACAUGAGGACAUUUCCAGCGAAUGAACUAAUACGAAUCGCCUUUUGCGAUGAUGACAUGUCUUCUGCGAACUAUGACGACGGCGGUUGACGACGGGUAUAUGGAUUAAUUUUGGGGAAAAACUGGAGGCAUAGGACAGGCUAGGCAGUUAUUGUUAUGAGACAACGUCCCGGGUAGGCUGAGCUGCACAUGGAAUGGCAGCGUCACGGGCCAGGAAAGUCAUGCCAACCUGGCCUCGUUUUAUUAAUUAUAUUCUGCCUUUAUACUGUAUUAUACUUAGAUGUAUGCUUCAUUCACCUGGCAUGCUCCUGAACCAGGAGAUGAGUUAGAUAGAUGGGUGGUAUGGGACAAGUGUUGAUAACUACGUUGUUUCAGUGUCUUUAGUUUUUAUGCAAUUGAAGAUAUGUCUGUCU